UCAGUGCGUCCCGAGCAGCCAGUGCGCGCGGUUACAAUGAGCUUCUCCAUCGGUCCGACUGAGAGCCAGCGUCAGGACCGAGCUCCGAGCAGCAGACACAGCGUCACACAGCCCGACCGAGUCCAGCUCCGCCCGCAGCAGGAUGCCCGGGGGAAAGAGAGGGCUUGUGGCACCGCAGAACACUUUUCUGGAGAACAUCGUCCGGCGUUCAAGUGAGACCAGCUUCCUCCUGGGAAACGCCCAGAUCGUGGAGUGGCCUGUAGUUUACAGCAAUGACGGAUUCUGCAAGCUGUCUGGCUUCCACAGGGCUGAAGUCAUGCAGAAAAGCAGCACAUGCAGUUUUAUGUACGGAGAGCUGACGGACAAGAAGAGCAUCGACCAAGUCAGACAGACGUUCGACAACUAUGAGUCAAACUGCUUCGAAAUCCUGCUGUACAGAAAGAACCGAAGUCCAGUGUGGUUCUACAUGCAAGUGGCUCCCAUCAGGAACGAGAACGACAAGGUGGUUCUGUUCCUCUGCACCUUUAAGGACAUCACUCUCUUCAAGCAGCCUAUCGAAGACGAAACCACUAAAGGGUGGACCAAGUUUGCGCGGCUGACUCGAGCGCUCACCAACAACCGCAACACGCUGCCGAAGCUGGCACCCAUAGAACAUGAAGUCAGCCAUAAACAGUCCAGACUGGCUGAGGUUUUGCAGCUGAACUCGGACAUCCUCCCGCAGUACAAGCAGGAGGCCCCCAAGACGCCUCCCCACAUCAUCCUUCACUACUGCACCUUCAAGACCACGUGGGACUGGGUCAUCCUCAUCCUCACAUUCUACACGGCCAUCAUGGUGCCCUACAACGUGUCCUUCAAGACCAAGCAGAACAACAUUGUGUGGCUGGUGCUGGACAGCGUGGUGGACGUCAUCUUUCUGGUGGACAUCGUCCUCAACUUCCACACCACGUUCGUGGGGCCCGGCGGCGAGGUCAUCUCCGACCCCAAGCUCAUCCGCAUGAACUACCUGAAGACGUGGUUCGUCAUCGACCUGCUGUCCUGCCUGCCCUACGACAUCAUCAACGCCUUCGAGAACGUCGACGAGGGCAUCAGCAGCCUGUUCAGCUCCCUGAAGGUGGUCCGCCUGCUGCGUCUGGGCCGGGUGGCCCGGAAACUGGACCACUACCUGGAGUACGGCGCUGCGGUUCUGGUGCUGCUGGUCUGUGUGUUCGGACUGGUGGCUCACUGGCUAGCCUGCAUCUGGUACAGCAUCGGAGACUACGAGGUCAUCGACGAGGCCACCAACACCAUUAAGGUGGACAGCUGGCUCUACCAGCUGGCUCUGAGCAUCGGAUCGCCCUAUCGCUACAACACCAGCGGCUCCGGCCAGUGGGAGGGCGGCCCUGGCAAGGACUCUCUGUACAUCACGUCUCUGUACUUCACCAUGACCAGCCUGACCACCAUUGGCUUCGGCAACAUCGCCCCCACCAGCGACGGCGAGAAGAUCUUCUCUGUGGCCAUGAUGAUGGUGGGAUCUCUGCUCUAUGCCACGAUCUUUGGAAACGUGACCACCAUCUUCCAGCAGAUGUACGCUAACACCAACCGCUACCACGAGAUGCUCAACAACGUCCGGGACUUCCUGAAGCUCUACCAGGUUCCCAAGGGGCUGAGCGAACGUGUGAUGGAUUACAUUGUCUCCACCUGGUCCAUGUCCAAAGGCAUCGACACGGAGAAGGUCUUAUCCAUCUGUCCCAAGGACAUGCGGGCCGACAUCUGCGUCCACCUCAACAGGAAGGUGUUUAACGAACACCCGGCGUUCCGGUUAGCCAGCGACGGCUGCCUGCGCUCGCUGGCCGUGGAGUUUCAGACCACACACUGCGCCCCCGGAGACCUGAUCUACCACUCCGGUGAGAGCGUCGACACCCUGUGCUUUGUUGUGUCGGGGUCACUGGAGGUCAUCCAGGACGACGAGGUCAUCGCCAUCUUAGGUAAAGGUGAUGUGUUCGGGGACGUCUUUUGGAAGGAAACCACCCUGGCGCAUGCGUGCGCCAACGUCAGGGCGCUAACGUACUGCGACCUCCACGUCAUCAAGAGGGAAGCCUUGCUCAAGGUGCUGGAGUUCUACACCGCCUUCGCCAACUCCUUCUCCCGCAACCUCAUCCUCACCUGCAACCUGCGCAAGCGGAUAAUUUUCCGCAAGAUCAGUGAGGUAAAGAAGGAGGAAGAGGAGAGGCAGCGAGCGAAGAACGAGGUGCAGCUCACCAUCCCGCAGGACCAUCCCGUCCGCAAGCUCUUUCAGAAGUUCAAGCAGCAGAAGGAGCUCCGCAACCAGGGAGCGGCAGCCGCCUCACACCUGGACCUGGAGAAGAACCAGCUGCAGGUGGAACAGCACCUGCACCCCCACAGCCUGCAGCUGGGCCACUCCAGCCUGCAGCACUCACUGCCGCUCAGCCUGCAGCACCCGCCCUCCUCCAUGCAGAACGGGGCCCCGCCCAGCAGCAGUGUGCUGACCGUGUCCCAGGUCACGCCCAUGCAGAGCUCGCUGGCCUACAGCCAUCCCGGAGAGCCCCCCACCAAGCAGAACAACUGCGAUAUCAUGGAGCUGCAGCCCAGUUCGACUGGAAGCGGAGCCGAGCAGACUGUCAGGCUCAAAGUCAGCACCAGCCCCGUGCCGGCCAAGCCGGCCGUCAGGGCCAGCGGCUGGAUGCGCCUGAGAAACAACACGGCGCCGGCAGAGGCCAGGAAGGACGGGCUAAACAACAACGUCAAGGCAGUUUCCGUGGAGAUGCUCUCACAGGAGGGUAAAGGUCAGGAUGCAGGAGGCGCUGGCAAUAGAGAGGAAGGGGGGGUGUCCGGCAACAAUCCACUCCGCAAGACGGACUCCUGCGACAGCGGCAUCACCAAGAGUGAGCUGCGGAUAGACCGGGCGGGGGAGGCCCGGACCCCCGCUGCGGUUACCCCCCUCCUCCACAGCCCUCUACCUGGAGGAGCAGGAUCCCCUCACCCUUACUGCCCCAUCCCGGAACAGGCCCUGCAGGCCGCGUUGCACGAGACCCGGCUGGAGCUCCGGGGGGACAUACAGACUCUGGGAGGCCGCCUGGGCUCCCUGGAGAGUCAGGUAGCGGAAAUUAUCAAACUGCUCUCAGACAAGAAGCGGCCGCCCACGGGGUUAUUGUCUGCCUCCACCACACCCAAAACCAAAAUCCAACGUCAGGACAUUUUCACUGUUUCUAGGCCUGUUUCUCCAGACUCAGAGAAGGACGAAGGGCUCUGAAGAGAGCCUAACCAGGGGUAGAAAGAGUGUCCUGGAACAUAGAGCCUACACAUGGCACAUUGUUCUACUAUGAUCACGAUUGUCAGUUUGAGGUUAUGCUCUGUUGGAUCCAGUUAUCCUCUUUGUUUUUGUGAUUGUACAUACCUCUCUAUGCAUGUCCAGCUGGAUUCUGGCCUGCCAAAGAAACAACUACUGAACGUCCUCAUUGCCUGUAUAUUAUGCAGUUGACUGCAUGCAAAUUCAAUUUAAAGAGAAGUGACAUUUUAUUGAGCUACACUGUACAUAUGAAUAUUUUUCAUUGAUAAUUUACUAUGUGGACAUUCAGGGUUUGCACACUGGUAGCACUAUAAACAUUGAUAACAAAAGGAAUUGUGCAUGGAUUAUUUAAAAAUGGAGAAAUCGAAAGGGACGGAGGUUUCUUUUUUUUCUUUGCCUGUGAGAUGAAAUAGAAGUGAAACUGCUCUCUCCUCGCCCUCUAACUCCUAAUUUCCACCGGUUGCAGAUGGGCUGCGUGCUCCGCUGUCCAUCAACACCCACCAGGUCCGGAUUUCUUGCGGAACGGCUGCGGCCAUGACUGACAGCUGAAGUCUCAAGAACCCAUGAGAUCUUCCGAGAUCACGUCGAAUAGAACCACAAAGCCAACAAGAGCUUGUUUCCAUCCAGAGG